UGCUCGGCCUCAGUGCCUACCUUCGCACACACACUACAGGUAGAGCACCCGGGGUCUAGGAGUGCAUACACACCCACACGCGCACACACACGCACACACACACACACACACUCACACAUCCCCAUACACGACAAUAUACAAACACACACGUAUACACACCCAUACCCCUUCUCAAAGCCGCCGUGAGAGACCCGUUAUUUUGGGCAGGCCCACCAGCCCUGUGCAUGUCCGAGCUGAAGUGCAGGACCAUCUGGGAAAGCGGGAGACAGAGAUAUUUCAUUCGGACAGGUGGAUGAUAAUGAUGAUGCCAUGCAGGUUAGUUUUGGGACUCCUGGUCCUGAAUGUGGUUCUGGCUUCUCCCCCAAGAUACACCCGACAAGUGGAGCCAGACUACGAUGAGGACUUCGACAAGGUGGACGUCGAAUAUUAUGAUGAGCUGACCACGGAUGAACCUGAGAUAGAGAUUAGCACUCUGUCCCCAGAUGAGGACAAUGAUCCCACACCUGGAGCUUCACUAGAGGAAGAGGAAGAGGAACCAGAAGAGGAUCCAGAAAAAGAAAGUGGGGAUAGAACGGAAUUACCCAUAAUGCCUUCGCUCAUCCCAUCAGGCUCUGGAGUAUCAGGGGUUUUGAUGGGACCAGACGCUCCGGGAGAGGAAGAGCUGCGUCUGACGCCCACUGAAAUCCUUCAUAUCUCUGGAGAAUCUUUGGGUUCUGGGGACAUGCUGAGUUCUGGAGGUUCUGGGGCUUCUGGAGCUUCAGGGGUUUUUGGAAAGAUUCCCGAUGCUAGAGAAUACCAUUCUGGGGAGACUCUGGGUUCUGGAGGUUCUGGGGGCUUGAGUUCUGGAGGCUCUGCAGAUGUAAGCUCUGGAGAUAUUAGUUCUGAAGGCUCUGUAGACCUUGGUUCAGGAAUCUCUGGAGACCUUGUGUCGGGAGUAUCUGGUGAAUUUGUUUCUGGAGUAUCUGGUGGCUUUGUUUCUGGAGUGUCUGGAAACUUUGUUUCCGGGGUCUCUGGAGACUUUGUUUCUGGAGUGUCUGGAGACUUUGUUUCUGGAGUGUCUGGAGACUUUGUUUCUGGAGUCCCUAGAGACUUUGUUUCUGGAGUCUCUGGAGACUUUGUUUCUGGAGUAUCUGGAGACCUUGUUUCUGGGGUAUCUGGAGACUUUGUUUCUGGAGUAUCUGGAGACCUUGUUUCUGGAGUAUCUGGAGACUAUGUUUCUGGAGUAUCUGGAGACCUUGUUUCUGGAGUAUCUGGGCACUUUGUUUCUGGAGAAUCUGGAGAUUUUGUCUCUGGAGUCUCUGGAGUCUCUGGAGACGUUGAUUCGAGAGUAUCUGAGGAGUUUGUCUCUGGAGACUCUGGGGACUUUGUUUCUGGGGUCUCAGAGGACUUUGUUUCUGGAGCCUCUGGGGACCUUAUUUCUGGAGAUUCUGAGGAACAUAUUUCUGGAGAUUCUGGGGACUUUGGCUCUGGACCCUCUGGGGUUUCGGGUGAAGAAAUAACACUGGUUCCUGGCAGAGAGGAGCAGAUCUAUAUUACAGUUACCACUGGCCCCGAAGAAGUCUCUGGGGAAACGGGGGCACCAGAGAAACCUCUACUCCCUGUGGAGCCUGUGACUCUAGGGCCUCCUGAGGAAUCUGGGGUUCCUGAGGAAUGGGUAACAAUCAUCCCUACUCUAAAGGAAGAGGAGAUGCUGUUUCCCACCACCCAGACCCCUGGGAGUACAACAGGUUCAGGGCUACCUGAGAGCCCUGAGCCUGAUGUUGAUGUCAUUGAAACUGACAUUCCAGGCAUGCCCACCUGUGUGCUGUGUACCUGCCUGGGAGGAUCUGUGUACUGUGAUGAUGUGAAUUUGCAUAACGUGCCUCCUCUUCCCAAAGAUACCACUCACUUCUACGCCCGCUACAACAGGAUUACUAAGAUCAACAAAUCAGACUUUGCUAACAUGAACAAACUGAAGCGGAUCGACCUGACAAGUAAUGCCAUCUCAAAGAUCGAAGACGGCGCUCUCUUCGGCCUGCCCGCUUUAGAGGAGCUGGUAAUUCGAGAAAACAGCGUAGCUCAACUCCCAGCACUGCCAGGCACAAUGACCCUUGUUGAUGCCAGUCACAACCACCUGGGCAGAACUGGUAUCCAGAACGAAGCCUUCAAGGACAUGACAGGACUACUUUACCUCUACCUGACGGACAACGGCAUCGAUCACAUCCCUGUUCCUCUGCCUGAGAGUCUGCGCUCUCUGCACCUACAGAACAACAACAUCCAGAUGAUACACGAAGACACGUUCUGCAAACAGAACGACUUGAACUACAUCCGGAUGGCGCUGGAGGACAUUCGCCUGGACAGCAACCCCGUCAACCUCAGCAGAACUCCACAGGCUUAUGUGUGUUUGCCACGUAUUCCUGUUGGCGCCCUUAUUUAAACACACACACACACACACACACUUCUACAGACACACACAAAAACCUCUGAGAGUU